AUGCGCCACCUCCCGGGACCCGUCCUGCUGCUGAUGCUGAUGCUGCUGCCGCCGCCCCCCGCCGCCCCCGGACCCCUGGCCCGGCCCGGCCCCCGGAGGGUGGGGACCCGCGGCCCCGGGGGCAGCCCUGGACGGCGGCCCUCUCCGGACGCGUCCACCUCCGGCGAGCCCUACUCGGGGGGCGGCCAGCCCGGAGGGGCCCGCGGCGGCGCAGGUGUGUGCAAGAGCAGGCCCUUGGAUCUGGUGUUUAUCAUCGAUAGUUCUCGGAGCGUCCGGCCCCUGGAGUUCACCAAAGUGAAAACCUUUGUCUCGCGGAUCAUCGAUACUCUGGACAUCGGGGCAGCAGACACGCGGGUAGCAGUGGUCAACUAUGCCAGCACGGUGAAGAUCGAGUUCCACCUUGGGACCCACACAGAGAAGCAGGCCCUGAAGAAGGCUGUGGCUCGGAUCACGCCUCUGUCCACGGGCACCAUGUCAGGCCUGGCCAUCCAGACAGCAAUGGAGGAAGUCUUCAAUGUGCAGGCAGGCGCUCGGGGGCCCAAUGCCAACAUCCCCAAGGUGGCCAUCAUCGUGACCGAUGGGAGGCCUCAGGACCAGGUGAACGAGGUGGCCAGCAGGGCACGGGCAUCUGGCAUUGAGCUCUACGCCGUAGGUGUGGACCGGGCAGAUAAGGAGUCCCUUAAAUUGAUGGCCAGUGAACCCCUGGAGGAGCACGUUUUCUACGUGGAGACUUAUGGGGUCAUUGAGAAACUUUCCUCUAGGUUCCAGGAAACCUUUUGCGCUGUGGACCUUUGUAUGCUUGGCACACACCAGUGCCAACAUGUGUGUGUCAGUGACGGGGACGGCAAACACCAUUGUGAGUGCAGCCAAGGGUAUUCGCUGAAUGCUGACAAGAAGACGUGUUCAGAGAUUGACAAGUGUGCUCUUAACACUCACGGGUGUGAACACAUUUGUGUGAACGACAGAACUGGCUUUUAUCACUGUGAGUGCUAUGAAGGCUAUUCCUUGAAUGAAGACAAGAAAACUUGCUCAGCUCAAGAUCAGUGUGCUUUUGGUAGACACGGCUGUCAGCACAUUUGUGUGAAUGACCAAACUGGGACCCAUCACUGUGAAUGCUUUGAGGGCUACACUCUGAAUGCAGACAAAAAAACAUGUUCAGCGCGGGACAAGUGUGCCCUGGGAUCUCACGGAUGCCAGCAUAUCUGUGUGAAUGACGGAGCCGCUUCCUACCACUGUGACUGUUUCACAGGCUACACCUUGAAUGAGGACAAGAAGACGUGUUCAGCCAUUGAAGAAGCACGAAGACUCAUCUCCACAGAAGACGCUUGUGGAUGCGAGGCCACACUGGCAUUCCAGGAUAAGGUCAGCACAUAUCUGCAGAGGCUCAACACCAGACUUGAUGACAUUUUAGAAAAGCUGCAAGCAAAUGAAUAUGGACAAAUACAUCGCUAA